UCGCGUAGGCUUGAGCCGGUCGACGACAACGUUGUUUGAAUCGACUGUAUCUCACACUAACAGUUAGCUGUCCUCAUUUCUUUAGUUUCUUCUACUGUUGGCAUUUUCCUGCAUGUCUGACUGCUGUCACUCUCGAUWYUACCACAGUGRCGGCAGAACAUCCUUCUUCCUUGCCGUCACUGUCAUUGGUUGGCUGAUAGUCAUAGCUCUCUUCGUGUUCUUYUUCUUAAGCCUUACAGMAAAMGUCCCGCAGGUCAACUGGAAAUUAGCGAACCUGAUUACAAGCAUCGUCUUCGCUGUCCUGUUGCUCAUUUGUAGUUCCCUGAUGGCUGAGCGUGCAGACUMCCUCAGCUAUUGGAAAAAAUACGCUUACUACGACCACUAUUACGCGCAAAUUUGGAACACAAUGACGGCUGCAGUUGUUUUUGGCUUCUUUUCAAUUAUCGCGUUUAUCGUUGAUGCUGUUUUCCAAUUCAUGGGACUCUCGCCUGGUGGUGGCGGCGGUCAAGUGUCAAACGCCCAAAAUGCUUAGCGAGUCUCCUAUCCUUGUUAGUAACUUCCAACUGUUCUGAAAUAGUGACGUAUAAAUGAGUAACUGCAAAACCGAGGUGUCAAGA